UUGAAUUACAAAACAACAGUACACGAGGCUACUACUAUUUCCACCAAUAUUCGCUAUGUGUUGCUUGGACUAAACAAAAACCGGGUAAUUGGUGUGGUCAUAAAUGACGGGUUAAUCUCUUUAAGCGGUUCCUUGAGCUAAUCUGGUAUGUUAAGAUCAUGUCGGAAAUGAAGAUUGCCUUGCAGAAGAGUUGGAAAAGGGACAGGAAAAAAGCAUCGGCAGGAAUUUCCGAGGACAUUUCACCAGACUCCAAGUGUCCGAUAUGUUUGGAUGUGUUCAACAAUGUGUCUUACCUGGACCUCUGCCUCCACAAGUUCUGCUUCCGUUGCAUCCACGAGUGGUCGAAGAACAAGGCCGAGUGUCCGCUCUGCAAACAGCCCUUCAACUCCAUAUAUCACAGCAUUAAGUCUGAUGAGGAUUUUCAGAAGUAUGAUCUGCGACCGGUGGAAAAUGGCUGUUUUGGGACUUUUGGCGGCGUGCGCUUCAGAUACCGCACCACCCUCACUGGAAUACGGCAGCAGAACCUGUCUCGGACUGAUCCGCUCCCUGACAAUGGAGUCAUGUUCGAAGCUCAAGCGAAUGCCCAGCGCCAGCGGCGGGACCGUUAUCUCCGAAGCAUCAUGUCCAGGUUAGCCGCCGAGAGACGGGCUGCCAGUGAAGGCCGGGCCAUGCAAAGUCUCAGAGAACAGGAGAUGAUUAAUUUCAGGAAAGAACUCUAUCGCAACGGGAUGAAAGUCCGAACUGUUACGGAUGGCGGCCGCUCUCGAGACACCUCGGCCGAGUUUUACCGAAGGAAUCCCGCCUGCCUUCAUCGACUGGUUCCGUGGCUGAAGAGAGAGCUGCUGGUGUUGUUUGGGGCUCAUGGCUCUCUGGUCAACAUCGUCCAGCACAUCAUCAUGUCGUCCAUUACCCGCCACAACAUGGAAGAUGAAGCCAUGCAGGAAGCAUUGCAGCCGUUCCUCCAGGGCCGUACUCAGCACUUUCUGCACGAGUUCAUCAGCUUCGCCAAAUCCCCUUUCAACAUGGAGGCCUACGACCAGCAUGCCGUCUACGACUGCGCGGCGCUGUCCUCCUCUGAGAACAGCAGCGGCAACUCCUCCGUCAUAGCCAUUUCAGACAACGAGGAAAACUCUGAGCUGGAGCAACCAAGGACUCCAGGAACCUCCAUGUCUGCUCUGAGCAACUCUCUGUGGGACGAUGAGACACCUGGCCCGUCAUAUUUCACCACGGCCGAGUCCCACAGGACAGAGCGGCUGAUGGUCCGAUACCCGGACACUGACAGUAGUUCAGAAGAUGAUGAACCUGUUGCUCCUUGUCCACCGCGCAGCAGUCUUCAAAACCAAAGAGAUCUGAGUCCCAGUGAUGCUCCUAAGGAUAGUUUGUCUUCAGACAGUGACGACUGUGUUAUUAUUGGAUUUAUUAAACCAGUAAAAGAGAGAACUCCAGAGCUUGUCAGGCUUUCCUCGGACUCUGAGAGCGAUGACUGUAAGGAGGUGGCUUCUGUCCCUCAGCACAUUCGCUUCACCAGUCUCAGUCCGUCUGCAUCGCACAUCAGUGAGACUUCAGAAGACACGAAUCACGACCCUCUGGUGGAUCCCAAAGAAAGGUUGUUGUCCGCUAACAAGUCCAGAAAGUCAAGUCGAAGAGACCGAGAGGUGAGGAGUGAUGGAUUGAGAGACAGCCAGAGGGCAGCAGAGAGCAGCCAUAGGAGGAAAAGGCAGCACAGGAGUCCGCUCACGGCCGCCAGAAGUGAUAGAACUGGCUCCAGAGAAAGGAACAGUAGAAACGUCCUCAGAUUUGAUCGAAAGGAGUGUUGGUUUGGGAGAAAAUCACCACAGAGCUUCUACAGCCGAGAGAGGGAGGCAGGGAGCAGGCAUUACUCUCGCCACCACAGGCGGAGACACUCCAGGAGCCCCAGUCGAGGACCGCAUCAUAGGGACAGGAGGCGCUCCCGCUCAAGGACGUACUCUAGUAGUCGCUCCCCUUCAAUGAGAAGAGGCUCUCACAGUGACAAGCCAGGAGGGAAGAGGAAGUACAAGACCAGGCACUUGGAGGAACCAGUGGAGCACAGGAAGAGGAGCAAAGAGAAGCACCGCAAGAAGAGCAAGAAAAGCAGCAGCAGGGAAGAGAGUCCGUCCGACCGCAGCAAACGACACCACAAGAAAAAGAAACACAAAAAGAAAAGCAAGAAGCACAAAAGUAAAGACCGGGCAGAGAAACUGUCACCCGCGCUUGUUAGCACAGAAGGUAUCGGUGAAGCGGAGGCCUGCCCUUCCAAUGAACUUGAAGCUUCUUCUAUUGACACUAAAGAGAAGGAAGAGCCAAUGAGCAAUGAGACUCCAGUUGCUCAAGUGGCUCAACGUGACUCAUCCUAAGCUGACUUUGGAUCAAAACCAGAUACGAUGAUCACUGCCCUUUCAGUCAAAAUGUGUUUUUUUUUUGUUCACACCAAGUGCCAUAGUGCCACCACAGACUCACAGAGAAAUGUUGGAAAAGUGUUUUUUUUUUUUUUUUUUUUUUUACAAUCCAUACAGACUUAAAAUUAAAAGGUGGUGCAUUUGAGAUACAUUCUCAGGGAUCACAAUCAUCUGGAGUGUUUUAACAUGUAUGAAA